CUGCUCGUAAAUCUUUCAGACGGUGUAACGUUUCCAGUCAGCUUUCUGUUUUGUUUUAGAGAAAAAAACUACUCAGCUGUUCAGUUUUAGCCAAGUGGAGUUUUAGAUAUUUUUCAAUUAUACCUGCAUAUCACAUGUAUAAUAUAUAUUUAUAUUUAGCGGUUGAUUUAUGUACCAUAAUUUCUUUCUGUAUUUCGCUCGUACGAGCAGCUUGAGACCUUCAGUGGCCGACGGCACUUGAACGCAGCAUCAAAACGCUGUCGUUUCUGAGAAGGAAGUAGAUGGCCGACUAGUGGGGAAUCCAUAAAUAUCUGUUAUUUCGUCGGAAAAAAUUGUUUCACUCAGACAUAUUUUCCACAGCUGAAGUCGGAAGAGGACGCUUUUAUCCAUCUGGUUUCUCUUCCACGAUGGCAGAACAGAACAGUAACGUCAGAUAUCAGGAGCUGGUGAACGAGGAGGAGCCGGUGCAGCCGUCCCAGGAGAGUCCAGCCCAGGACGCUCCACCACCCUACAGCAGCGUCGCUGCAGCAAAUGCAGCCUUCUUCGAAAACAAGGAGGACGGAGAAAGGUUUCCCAACCCUCCUCCUUACAGCGUUGCCACCACUUUACCCUCCUACGAUGAGGCGGAGAGGAGCAAAGCAGAGGCUGCCGUCCCCCUGGUCGCAGGGAGAGUCUCGGACGAAGACUUUGUGGCCAGAGAUGACUUUGAAGAUGCCGACCAGCUGCGAAUAGGAAACGACGGCAUCUUCAUGCUCACUUUCUUCAUGGCAUUGCUCUUCAACUGGAUCGGCUUCUUUUUGUCGUUCUGUUUGACCACAUCAGCUGCUGGUCGAUACGGAGCCAUCUCAGGUUUUGGCCUGUCCCUCGUUAAAUGGGUCCUCAUUGUCAGGUUUUCGACCUAUUUCCCUGGUUACUUUGAUGGACAGUACUGGUUGUGGUGGGUGUUCCUGGCUCUGGGUUUCAUGCUGUUCAUCAGAGGCUUCGUUAACUACUCCAGAGUGCGCAAGUUGGUCGAUCCCACUUACGGCAAUCUGCCCAGAACAAGAGUACUUUUCAUCUAUUAGAGGRUUUAAAAGAACAAGAGGCACAGAAGAAGUGUUGAAGAAACCAGAAAUCAGCCAGAAGAGUUAAAGACAAAACAACUCAAGACGGUAACACAUUCAGGAAUUAUAUCACUCGUUUUCUUUUGUUUUGUUGUUUUAAAUCUUUAUUAAUAGAACAUGGCUAAUAGUCCCUUAAUGUAUUCAUUAGUGGCAAAUGUUAGGUGCUAUUUACAUUUGUCUGUAAUGUAUCAGUAAUGCCUUAUAUCAUUUGAUGGUAGCAUACGAGCAUGCUUCUGCCCACCAGGUUCACAAUUAGUCUCUCAUGUUGGCGACACCUGAAGCCAACGGGUAAUAGAUAAUUAGUGCAACACUGUAGAUUUGCCUUAGCAUGCAGCUCACUUUGUAACACUCAACCUGUUUGAUCGUAAGCUCAGAGACAAAUGCAGGCUGUUAAUGCUGUAGACGUGGUUCAGUAUUUCACUCACCUGUUGGCUUCAGCUUCAAGGAGGCAGCGUUCAUCUGCUGAUAUCAAGUCAUUAAGAACUUGUUAAAAGUGUUUUACAUCACUGCCACAGUCAGUGGACACAAAUAUACCAAAACGAGUCCCAUCCUAAUUAUUUCCUGUUGCUGUACAUUAAAUCAGGUAAAAUUAUCCUCACCUGGAAUUAGAUUUGAAGUUGCUGAGAUGCUCUUGAUCAUGUCCUAAUUUAGUUUUUUCAGAAAAUCUGAACCUGCAAAUAACCAGAAAUGGUGUGUUUUAAUAUGGAGGUUCUGAAUGUUUGUUCAGUGACAACAAACCACUUUCAUGAGCUCAUAUCUGGUCCAUUUCUAUAAAAACAAAAACAUUGAAAUGUUCCAGUCUGACCUCUUACUGUGUCCUGACUGAGUCAGUGAAUAUUUUGUUCAUGGAUUAUAAAAAUACUGAGUUUCAGCUGUUAACAAUCUUCAGACAGAUGGAUCUAAUUACCUGAGCAUUAAAAGUAACUUAAAUUCCUCUUCUAGGUGCUGUUAUUUUUUUUCUUUGUUUUUGUAAGAUUUAAUGAGCAGAUGGGCGAAACGAUUAGUUUCUUCUCCUUUGAACUUUCUCAUUCUGCRUUAGACGUUAGUAUGAAUUAUAUCAAAGAAUGUUUGCAGCUGCAUUUCCAUACAGAACCAAUAACUCAGAAGAUCAUUGUACUAAAUCACAAAAAUGGAUCAAAUAAUCAUUUAACUUCRUACUUCUGCCAUGGCUUUGAUUACAAACCAAUUAUGCUUGUUCCUAUGUGGCGUAGAGCUGAAACGUUUGGGGUUUUGUUGUUAUGUAACUGUACAGAAAAUGUUUAGUGUUUAAAUAAAUGUCACUUUAAAUGGGU